AUGGCAGAGAAUCAAGAGGGGGCUUCAUCUGAGGGGAAACCAGCUGCAGACAUGUAUCCUAAGAAGAUCCUGGAGUAUAUGGAAGGAUUCCUCAUCUCCAAGACAGUGUUCUCCUCCUGUGAGCUGGGGGUGUUUGAUGUGCUGCUGGCUGCAGAGCGCCCCCUGUCUGCAGAGGAGAUCAGUCAGGCCAUAGGAGCCAGUCUGGACGGCACAGAGAGGCUGCUGGCUGCCUGCGCCGGCCUGCAGCUCCUCAACACACACCGGGACAAUGGACAAGUGUGCUACAGUAACACAGAGCAGGCCAGUGUGUACCUGACCCGCUCCAGUCCUGUCUCUCUCUACCAAUCCAUCCAGUACAGCUCCAGAACCAUCUACCUCUGCUGGCACUACCUGACCGACGCUGUCAGGGAGGGUAGAAACCAGUAUGAAAAGGCUUUUGGAGUCAGCUCCAACGACCUGUUUCAAGCUCUCUACAGGUCUGAUGAGGAGAUGGUGAAGUUUAUGCAGUUAAUGAACUCCAUUUGGAACAUCUGUGGUAAAGACGUGGUCACCGCCUUCGACCUUUCGCCUUUCAAGAUCAUCUGCGACCUUGGAGGCUGCAGUGGAGCAUUAGCCAAGCAGUGCACGUCAGCCUACCCAGAAUGCACUGUGACGAUCUUCGACCUCCCCAAGGUGGUGUGUACGUCGCGGGAACACUUUGUCACCGAGGCCAACCAGAGGAUUACCUUCCACGAAGGGGACUUCUUCAAAGACCCCCUGCCAGAGGCUGACCUCUACAUCCUCGCAAGAAUCCUCCACGACUGGACAGACGAACGUGGCAUAGAGCUACUCACUAGAGUUUACAACGCCUGCAAACCAGGAGGUGCUGUGUUGCUGGUGGAGGCGUUGCUCCAUGAGGACGGCACCGGCCCGGUGACGGUGCAGCUCUACUCCCUGAACAUGCUGGUGCAGACGGAGGGGAGAGAGAGGACAGCUGCUCAGUACGCUGCCCUGCUGACUGCCGCCGGAUUCUCCGGCACCCAGCACCGCCUCACCGGGAAGAUCUACGACGCUGUGCUGGGACACAAAGAGACAUGA